GAAGUAAUUUAAUGGUGAGCAGCGCAUGGUUCCGCUGGGGUUUGUUUCCCCUCAGCUAAUGUCACAACUACCUACAUUGUUCCGCAAUGAACAGCUCCAGAAUAUUAGCCCGUAGGAGAGAAUGGAUCUCCGGCCUGGACACCGUCUUCUCCCGGGUCAAACCACGGUCAAACUGCCGCCGGGACCCGGAGGCAGCGCCGUGCCACAGCCGGAGCCAGGCCACCGACGCAAGUGAGAAACCCCGCCGGACAGCGAUCGACCUGGCCCGCAAAGUCCAGCAGGAGAGGACGACGCGAGAGGCUGCGGAGCCUCCGGUGUCCGGCCAACAGAGGAGGGUGAUGGAGCUGAAACGGUUCAGUCUGCAGCUUCAAAAUGUUCAUCCCAACGUGCUGGCCAAACACCUCCACAGAAGCGUGCUGUACCAGGAUAAACAUGUAGUGGUCAUCAAUAAACCCUUUGGUGUCCCUGUCCGAGAUGACUCGAGGGUCACAUCCAUCUCCUCUGUGCUUCCUGUUCUUUCCAAAAUGAUGGAUGGGAUGAAGGUCAAGUCUGAUUCUCAGAUGCUCCCGUCUCUGGGACUGGAGAAGGAGGCAACAGGAGUUCUCCUGCUGGCCAGGAGUGAAGAGGCGGUGGAGCACAUACUCAACCUGCACAGAAAUAACCAAGUGCAGAGAAAAUAUUGGGUCAUCACAGUCGGUGUACCUGUACCUUCUGAAGGAGUGAUUGACAUUCCCAUCAUAGAGAGAGAGGUCACAGGGCCUCGGCCGCACUACAAGAUGGCGUUAAGUCCUCUUUUCAGAAUGAAUGAUGCAGGUGAUGGUGUUACCAAAGUGCGAGCCCAUCGGCAAGCUCAUCCCGCUGUGACCAAGUACAGAGUCCUGGACAGCAGCAGUGGUUGCAGCCUUGUGGAGCUUCAGCCUUUUACCGGAGUGAAGCACCAGAUGAGGGUUCACAUGGCAUUAGCUCUGGCAUGUCCCAUUCUCGGUGACCAUAAAUACUCCCACUCGAGCAAACUGGCACCCCAGAAAUUACCGGAACGCGUGUUGGGAAAGCUUGGACUGGAACAGAGCAAGAUCCGGUAUCUUCCUCUUCAUUUGCACGCUCGACAGCUGACAGUGUCAGGAGCCAGUCAAGCAGACAUUGAUGUGUCCUGUCCCCUGCCUAAAUACUUCACACAGACAUUGAAACAACUGCAUUUAAGCCUUACUGAUGAAAAAUAACAACAUCCUUGCUUUUGGUUAAAUUCUUUGCAAUCCAGUGGAUGUCUGCAAGUACUGGGCAUCACGUGUGAAGGAUUUCAGUCAUGGGGGGGAAAGUGUAACCAUUUAAAUUAAAUGGGAAAUUAAAUUAUAUCAAGCUGGGUUUUUCGUAGGGCUGUUGUGUAAAAUGAUCAAACACAGAAGAGACUGUGUAGAAAAGGACUGUACAGUACUAUACAACUCGUUUUUAGUAAUAAACAAAUUAAGCAGAA